CCUGUCGUGGCCUCUCUAGAUCAAGUUGAGUGUGCUCCCUGCGUCUAUUAGCCAUGUCGGGUGCUGUGGGCCGUGAGGCUGUCUUCCCGACUCGCCAGUCGCUGGGGUUAAUGAAGAGUAAGCUGAAAGGCGCGGAAACGGGCCACAGCUUGUUGAAGAGAAAGAGUGAAGCCUUGACAAAGCGCUUCCGCGAGAUUACUCGACGUAUCGAUGAGGCUAAACAGAAGAUGGGGAGGGUCAUGCAAAUUGCUGCUUUCUCUCUGGCCGAAGUGAGCUACGCUGUUGGAGGCGAUAUUGGCUACCAGAUUCAAGAAUCCGCCAAACAAGCCCGAUUCCGUGUACGCGCCAAACAAGAGAACGUCUCCGGUGUCUUCUUGCCUCAUUUCGAGAGCUACACGGAGGAUGGAGUCAAUGACUUUGGCUUGACUGGUCUAGGGAAAGGAGGCCAGCAAGUUCAACGGUCCCGAGAGACAUACGCUCGGGCGGUAGAGACCUUGGUUGAACUAGCAAGUUUACAGACCGCAUUCGUUAUUCUAGAUGAGGUGAUUAAGGUCGUCAAUCGGAGAGUUAACGCCAUCGAGCAUGUUAUCAUUCCUCGGACAGAGAACACCAUAAAAUAUAUUAUGUCCGAGCUCGACGAGCUUGACAGAGAAGAGUUCUAUCGACUCAAGAAGGUUUCAAAUAAGAAACAGCGCGAUACCGCCGCCGCGGACGCUGAGAUUCAAGCCGCGCGAGAGAAGGAGGCCCAGAAGAAGACUGCGUUGGAACCCGAAAAGGAGGCACCUGACGCCCCCGAUGUCCUCGGAGAGCAGGAAGAUGCAGAUGUCAUUUUCUAGUUUUAUUCCCCUUUCCAUUUUCUCUGUCUUGUAACUAGUGUACUUUCUAGCAUGUAGCUGUCAUUGGUAUCAUUCA